AUGGCCUGUUCGUUCCACUGGCGUCGCAUCUUUGGCUUUGCGCUAGUCGUCCUCGUCGUCGCCCUCUCUUCGUCCCUGGAGGACCGAGGAGUCGCCGUCCUCGCCUCGCCCGUACCGGAAAAAAUCACUGAGUCGGCCUAUCCUGGUGGCAUCUCGGUCGUAAACGGUAGCUCCAUCUACUGCCCGCCUGCCAACAACGUCGGCGGGGCCAGCAGCGCAAAGUCGUCGAUCGGCACCAUCUGCCACGACCUUCAAGCCUCCUCGUCCUCGUCAUCUGCCGCCGCCUACACGACCCCGUCCCUGUCCCUUGUAGUACUCGGCCUCGCCGGCACCGCCAUGUCCUUCGCUCUCGCCGACGUCCACCCCGCCUUUUUUUAA